AUGCACUCCAAGGUGCUGCUGUUUAUUGAUGGCCCGAGCUUGAGCCGGCAGGAACGUGACCUCAGGACAGUCAUUGUCAGCCGAUGUAUGAAAGUGUUGAUGGGUCUGGGCAUUCGGCCCUGUUUGAAGGAAGAUCAACAAAAGCUGAAAUUCAGCAUCAACUGGGGCUAUGAGAUUGGAAACUUAGUAGCUGUAAACAGAGCUCAUAGACUGAGGAAAUGGCUCAGUCUGGAUGUAGAAUCAUUUGAGAUGCUGGAAAGUGCAAUUGAGGAGAUUCCAAAUGAGAAUCUUUAUGAAGAAAAUUUCCAACUAUGGCUCACAGGACUGCAGAAUUUUGUGAAGAAUUCUCUCAUAGACUAUCAGUGGGAAACCCCUGAUCUGACCUCUCCCAUCAAGCUGCGAAAGGUGGCAACACCCGAGUCAUCUCAUCGGAACUUUGUUCUCAUUUUCACCACCUUUCCUGACAAUGAAACCUCCCCUCCAUCAGAAAAAAACAAGGGAUUCAUCCCUUCAACCCUGAUGAAGAAAUUAAGAGAACUGAAUAUGCAGUUCUUUGUGAUUGACCUGAAUCCAAACUCUGGUGCUACCAAUGCAAGGACCAAGGCAAGGAGAUUUCUCAGCAUGCUGAGAUGUGGUGUUGUGAAUCUCAAGGAUUUUGACAUGGGUGUUUUAAUGCCUAGCAGUGACUUAAGAAAGAGGAACAGUUUUGCUCUGGCAGCAAAGAUAAAAUUAAAAGUCUCUGAAGGAGACUUGAAUGUCGGCCUCCAUUGUCUUUCAUGUAAAGGGAGCUGCAGUUCACCCAAAGUUCCUGGUACCCUUGUGAUGUUGGGUAGUUUAGGGAAGAGGGGGAUCUUGUGGGGUCAUUCUCCUCCUAGUCAUCAAUUUUUAUGGAAGUGGUGCUGUGAUACUGAUGCACCUCCAGACCUUGGGAAAGGUGUUUACUUGGUCUCUGAUGAAAGCGGGAAGGAUCUAUAUACAUGGCAACAACUGCCAUGCAGCAAGGGUGCCAUCCUGGCUCUUCUCGAUGAAUGCCUACUUUCAAGUCCCAUGAAAGCUCUUCUGUUUCGGAAAGAUGAGAGACAGGAGACUUUAGAGGACUUCAGAAGGGAAUGCCUCCAGAGUCUUCAAAGGUCACAUUUGCAGGAAUCAAGCCAGUUUCAUUCACUUCUCCUUGAACCGUGGGCUGCUCCGCAAGCCAUCUUCCCAGAUCAUCUUUUGACAGAAGCCCGCAGGAAAUCAGAGGUGAUCGACCCGCUUACAGAAGACAGUGUGACCAUGAAGCCAGUGGCCUUGGUGUCAAAACAGCAAGAGAGACUGGAGAGGAAGGUGCUGAAAGCCAUUCCAGGACGGAGACACUUGAGAUCUGGCAGAAACCUGGAGAUGGUGAAGAGGGGCAUGGUUGCUGGAUGCCUCAAGAAAAUCCAAGCCCCAGACCCUAUUCUGACCAAGUUCGACAGUAUUACCCAACCUCAAAAAAGAGAAUCCUGUGAGUUUCGGGAGUUUCGGCAGGAUGACUUGACAUCUCUUGUUGAAGACUUGCUCAAGUAUAAAGCUGAAAUAAUAGAAAAAGGCGACUUUGAUGAACGGAUCCAAUGCCAUCGGGUCAUUGUGGAGGAGAUACAGAAUUUCCUUGCCAGAUGCAGCCCCCAACAGAAUGUGAGGGAUGUGGUUGCAUCACAUUUCUUCCUGGGACCAAAGGAAGUGAGAGACUUCUUGACGUUGGAGCAGCAGGUGAAGGAGUGUCAAUUUCAGGUCCUCAUCCAGAUGGAAGCUGGAUCUGGAGACCCUGACUUGGUUGAAGAAGUCUUCAAUGCUGUCUGUCCCUUUCUACGUCUUCUCUCCCUCUCUGAGUCUCCUCAGGGAUUUACAUCCUUUCUGAAACUCCUGGUUGCCUCAUUUCUUCCGAAAGUUCUUGAUGAUUAUUGUGAGAAAUGGAAGGAUGUGCUGAAGGAGAUCUGGGAGGAGCUGAACCUCCCACUCGAGCAGUUAUGUGACAAUCCUGAUGAUUCCCCAACUGCAUCACCAUCAGCUUCUCAUCUCCAUAGCCUCCCUGUCUCUCCUCGAUCAGUGCGUUCGAAUCCCAGCCUCCUAUCUGCGCUUCCUCAGCCACACUCGGCUGAGAAUUCCAUCAUGCCUGACAAGGAAGGAAGACGAAAGAGGACACUCAUCCGUCAUCCAAGCUUGAAUCUGGGUUCAGAGAAGGGAGUGAAACGUGUUUGCCGGAAGCUGUUUUCUGGAGGAAAAUCUGCAGACCCAAGCAAAGCCAAGAACAAGCCCAACUCACAAUCACCUGGAAGUUUCCUAGUGCCUGAGACACCUUUGAGGAAGCAAAGGGGCAAAGGACAGAGGCAAACCAAGCGGAAGACUGAUGGCAUCACUACAAUUGAAGAAUCCCCUCAAAUCGUCACCAGAUGCCGAUCCAGGAACGAGAAGCUCAGCCCGACGACGAUCUCGCAAACUGUGCAAGCUGCAUCUCGCUCCAGUUUCUAUUCCCAAGGCUCGAAAUCAAGGAACUUUGCCCGUGGAGAGCAGUCUCUGAAGACACAAUGGAUUCAGGGACACACUGAACCUCCUGCAAGAUGGAAGGCAGCCCCAUCCGGUCCCGUGACAAGGAGAUCGCUCUUCACUCGCUCUUCCUCAUGGGUCGAUCCGGACUGCUCGACUGAGUCGUUGGAGGCCAAUGAUUGUGACCUAGGGACACCUUUAAAAGGUGAUGUUCAUGAAGUUUUAGAAUCCCAGCUUGUCAAAGACAGUGAUAAAGAGGUUCCAACACACACUGGGUUGUUGAUGGAAGCUUCUUGUACACCAUUCAAGCAGGAUAUUUUUGAUAAGUUUGCCCCAAUAAGAACACCUACCAGAGAUAGCAUUUCAGAGAGCCCCCUUAAAACCGUGACCAAAGAUGUGACUUUGAAAACUCCAUCAAAGACCUUAACCAAAGCUGUUGUUUCAAGAACUCGAUCGCAAAUGACCAUCAAAGAUGGUGUUUCAGAAACCAACCAGAAGACCCCAGCUAAAACAGGUGUCUCAGAAACUCCAUCAAAGACCCCGGUCAGAAGGGGUGUGUCACAAACACCAUCAAAGACCCCCACCUAUGGAGGCACACUGAGAACUCCAUCAAGGACCCCAGCGAAAGGCUGCACUCCUAGGAAACCAGCAGUUAAAGGUGAUAUUUUACAAACUCCCUCAAAGACCCCAGCCAAAACAGGUGUCACAGCAACUCCGUUGAAGACCCCAGUCAGAGGGUAUAUCUCACAAACCCCAUCAAAGACCCCAACCUACAGAGGCACUCUGAGGACUCCAAGGAGGACCCCAGCAAAAGAGAGCUCAUCAACAACUCCUGGGAAACCAGCAGUCCAAGGUGAUGCUUUGAAAAACCCUUCAAAGACCCCAGCCAAAACAGGUGUCUCAAAAACUUCAUCAAAGACCCCUGUCAAGAGGGAUAUCUCACAAACCCCAUCAAAGAAAACAGCCAAAGGAGACACUCUGCGAACUCCAAUUAAGACCCCAGUGAAAGACACUUUGAUAAUCUUUCAGAAAAUGACAACUCGAAGUGAUGGUUUAAAAUGCAAUGAUUUCGGAAACCCCUCAAAAACUCCUUCCACAAGAGGCACUUUGAAAACUCCUUCAAAAUCCCCAGCCCUAGGUGACGUUUCUGAAUCCCCUUCAAAGACCCCAACUGAAAGUGACUCAUCAAGAACUCUGUUACUCCCCCCAGCCAGAGGUGGCACAACUAGAGCGCUGUCGAAACUAAGAAAGAUUGACAUAUCAAAAAGGACGUCGAGAACCCCAGACAAAUGUGCCACCUUUGGAACUUGUGUAAAACUUCUGACUGAAAUUGAGAUUGAUAUCUAUGGAGAACAUGCUAUGUUCAGAGAUGACGAAGUAGAACUUGAAGAGACAGAGGACGAGGUCUUCAAGGUUCCUACUGACGUGUCCCAUAAUCCCUUGAUGUCCCCAUUACGCUCGGCGACAUUAUGCGAGCAGAAAUGGACCCCCUCUAAACAUGAAAUGACCCCUUCAAAGAGGAAGGCAACUUCUGGGGACGAAACGAAGACGCCAUUAAAGACGAGCGGGACACUCGGUGAGACCCCGACUUCGAGCAUCAGCCAUCCCAGCGCCUCCCGUGUACCUCCUCCAUCACUGUCACCCAGUGUGCCAGGGAAGGAAGGGAGGGCACUUCCUCCAUUGGACUUGCCCCUUCCUCAUGCAACCCCAGUGAGAAAACUCGAGUACAUAGAAAGUGAAGGCGAGAGUGCCGUGGAAAGUACGUCGUCGUGUGGGCUCCGGGUCGACCUCUUCUGCACUCCCCCGUCGCCCGUGUUCACACCCGCCCGAAAGAAGCGACGGACCCCCGGUAGCAACCCGAGUUCUCACCAGCAGAAGGAUUGCCCAGAUGUGAGGCUUCAGUGCGUGAUGCGAUCGCUAGACUUCACGGAAACCCUGCAGGUGUCGGUGGACUCUCGCAGCGCUCCUCUUCCGUUCGGCGAGAUUUCUUCCGAUCGGGGAAACGAGAUGUUCAGCCCCCUCGAAGACGAAGACGACAGCUUCCUCAAGUCCCAGGUCAUGUCCGUCGUGUCCCGGCUCCAGUCCGAGUCCCCGGACCAGAAGCCCAGGAAACAAAAAACCCUCCACUCGUACCUCUCUCCGGUGGAAAAAAAGCCACCGGAAGACGAAACCCCCCAUCCCGGAACCGACGCGACCCCCCCUCCAGUGAUCCCCGUGACCUGUUCCGGCAGUCAGUGCAAGUCUACCCCCGAUCGCAUCGACUGCUGGCCCAACCGAAAACGUCGAUACCAGGGCCCCGACGACGGAACUUCGGGGAAGCGAAUAUCCAUCGAUCGUCGUCGUAUUUUUGGAGCACUCCAGGGUGACGAACCCGUAGCCUGA